AUGGCGGCGCACGACGACGAGGACGACCUCGGUCUCCUCCUCUCCCUCCGCGAGAGAGUCCCCGAAACUCCCCCAGGAUCGCCGCGUCCGUCAUCCUCUUCCCGUCUACAAGGUUUGUUUCUGCUUUCGACGUCAACAGCUCCUAUUCUCUCCGAUUUAUCGCCGACGAGGAAUGCGAUGGACGAAAUCGAUCUCGUUUGCAGGGUAUGAGUCCGAAGAUGGAUCCCCGAAGAGGCAUGGUGCCACGGCUGACAUGUCCGCCUUCCGACAUGCCGUCGAGGACUACAUGUGUGUUGAGAAUGAUGCCGCGGCUUCAGUAUCCGCGAUCUGUAAGCCGUGCAAACCCCAGAAAUGUAGCGGGUUUGUGGUUGAGAAGUUCUCGGGACUACGAAUAAGGUGGGUAUUAGAUGCAACAUACAAAGGCAAUGGGUUUAUAUUCGUGUAUCUAUUUUAACUUGGUCAUUUGGGUAUUCUUCAUCAGGGAUCUUCUUUUGUCGGAAGUCGAAUUGAGUAACCAUUUCUCCGAUGUCCGUUUUAUUAAUUUAGCUGCGAUAAGGUUAUGACUAUCCCUCUCUGGAAUAAUUCACUGUAUGUUGUCGCUGCGGCUGCUGAUUGUAGUUUCCAUAAUUUUAUUUUGUAUUUUUUCUUUUAGGAAUUCGAUGGUUGGGGAUACAAUUUCUGGUCACUGGGCCACAGUCGGUGUUCUGACAGAGAAAGGAAGUCCGAAAUUGAGUUCGUCUGGGAAGAACUUCUGCGUGUGGAAGAUAGGGUGUCUGGACGAAUCUGUCGUCCCAGUUUUCCUUUUCGGGGAUGCAUUCAGAAACAACUCGGGAGAGCCUGUUGGCACAGUUUUUGCGUUUUUUAACUCUUCUGUUAGGAAAGAUGUGGGUGAAUGUCUUCCCUUGAUGUUCUCACCGUAACAAUUUUCCCAGGAACUGGUCUUUUAUACUGAUUCUGAGUUCUACAGGGAAUAGGUAUUUCCUUGAGCGUGUUUUCAGCUGGCCAGUUGCUUAAAAUGGGGACCUCGGUUGACUACGGUAUUUGCAGAGGGAAAAGGAAAGAUGGGAUGCCUUGUACUAUGGUCAUAAAUAAGUAUGUUUUCUUCAUUCGGCAGAACAUCUCUCCAGUGUCAAUUCAUUUAAGUUGCGUCAAUUCUCUUUGUAGCCGUCCAUGGUAUUGUACAACCUAGUCAGCCAAUGCAAAACCUAUGUUCUCGCUGCCUCUUCUGUAUCCUCGGUCUGUGCACCUUCCCCCCCAAUUGCACCGUCAUAUUUUCUCUUAAAGCUGUUGGUUUCAGAAUGUAUUUUAACGCUUGCUCUGAGAAGAUAUUAUCAUUUCAUGGAGAAGUAUAAUUAACAUAUCUAUUUUCUGCUCAAAAUUUAAUUGAACUUUUCAUGCAUUAAACACAUGUUUCAGUUUCUGAUUCGGUGGCGUAUAUUUCUUAAUUCGAUUGAACUUUUCCAUAUGCCAUUUCAGGCGUCAAGUCACAUACUGCAAGUAUCAUCUGUUGGUGAGGAAGCAACUUCAGUUUGUGUUUUAGGUUAAUUUCCCACAAAUAUCUUUCACUCAGUAAAAUUUGGAAUUCGCUGCAGAAUGCAUCCCAGAAAUAUUCUACAAUGCGGUCGGAGCUCAAGGGUGGGUAAGUUGUUCAUCGUAUCUCGUUGUUCUUCAUUCACUAUUUGUCACUUAUAAUCCAGUAGCCGUGACCUCCCAAAAACCAGGCAAAAUUUUUGUUGUAGCUUGAGACCACCCGGUCUUUAAACCUAUCGCUGUCACUGUAGAAACUGAAUGUGACACCAAUCAUGAAUGCGACCAGAUAUUUAUAUUGUCCAAUAAGGGAGGUCGAAAACAAAAAGGAUUGAAGAAGGCUUCAAUAAUGCGAACGAGCAAUAUCUCUUAUUUAUUUUCCUGAAGCUUCCUUUGCUUGUGGUCUACAAUGGGUGGUUCUUUUCCUUCUCUCAUAUAACAGAUCAAAGAUUGACCUCACAGUUGUUAUUCAAACUUCAUUUAAGACAUUGUCUUUUCCGCUUGAUGGUUGUAGUCGUUUUGUUGCUGCAGGAACCUCAGAUCCACAUUUAGGCCACACUCUCUACGUGGGAUACACAUGGUUGACCCUCUAAAAGGCAAGUCAAACUCGUCAAAGUCAGCACAACCAGUAAAAGUGUUAUCCGUUGAUGGGCUUAAAAGGGUCCUCAGGUGAGCAUGCUCCAACUGAAGAUAUUUUAUAGCCCACUGCCAGAUAAUUGCAUGCUCGUUUUACUAUUUGUGACUUUUAAUAUUUAUUUCAAUAAUUCUCAAGUUUGCUAAUGCUUACCCGUGGUUUAUAUGGCCAUAAUUUGGUUCAGGAACCAUAUUAUAUGCCUCAAUUAGUCUCACGAAAACACAAAAACUUGAAUUUCUUGCGCAUGCUUCAACUCCUUAAUCCCCUUACCGCAGCAAGCAUACGCCCAUACCUGAAGCCCCAGCAUAGGAGGUCUGUAGUUGAGUGAUAAAGUGAGCGGACGAACAUGCCAUGAGCCAAGCAAGAAUAGCGGUCAAUUCUGUUGGGAAUCUUCAAGAGGUUGAAUUAGAAAUCAUCCACGUCAACUGAUGAUCACAAACACCAAAUCUGAGCGAUUGUGCAAGUGACCAGAUCAUCUAACUCAACCUAGAAAAUGGCUUUCUCUAAUAUGGAGGAACCUCGUCUUUAGUCAAACAGAUUGGCAUGUGCCGUUGUUAUCUCUAAUUACCCUGUGGGGCUGCAUUAUAUCUCAAAUCCUAUGCUAAGCUUCCACUAAAAGAUCCGUCUAACUUUAUAAUGGAGAUAUUGUUCGGUGUCUAUAUACGCAAUAUGCAUAUCCAGCGUGGAAGGAAGUAGCUCCGAUAGCUUUGAGUGAGCUAAUGUGGAGAAAAUUAAGAUUCUUCCAGAGCUGGGUCCUGGGUCCUGGGUCCUGGGUCCUGUUCGGGAUAACCUCAUUGAUGUUAUGGAAAAUCAGGGCUGUAGUCCAUCUCGCCCUUAAGUUCCAUGUCUCCAACGUGGAUCUUCCCCUCUUUCUCGUACACAAGGCACAUUUCCCAUCUCUCUCUCUCUCUCUCUCUCUCUCUCUCGCUAAGAUCUAUCAUUGUACUCAUUCACCCACCCACCCACCACGUUCACUGUAUUCUGACGUGUGAUGACGAACAGUAAUGCAGGCAAGGUGACCACCAAGAGCAACUCCCAGGGGAUAAGAUUUCUAUCCGAAGUCACCGGUAAUUCAAACUUGCUCCUCUCUCAAGUCUUCCGAUCAAUCUUCUCCCCUCCUCCAUGACAUCAUUCCCCUUUCAUAAUCCUCGCCAGCUAAAUCAGAUUCGAAGAGCAAGAACCCGAACGAACUACUGAAGCCAAACCUGCUCCAUACAGAUCCAGAGAAGAGGCGAAUUGUCUUGUAAAUGCGGCGGCUCUUACCUCAUCACUUGGCUUUCCAUCUAUCUCUGUUCGAGAUGCCUUCCUACUGACCUAAUAAGCCUUGCCCUCUUUCCUCUCCAGGUCGCCCUCGGACUUGAAGAUGGCCUGCUGCGGGUCGGCAGCCCACGCGAACCAACACCCCGAAGCAAAAAAAAGGAAGACUUCAGACAAGCUUAUAGAGCUAGAAGUCUUCAGCUCCGAGGAUGAAGGAUGA